AAGGGGGGAGGAGAGAGUCCGGAUGCUCGGCACAUCAUCCCGGAGAGCGGACCACGGAGGUGCUGCCGCUUCUGCUGCUGCUGCUGCGCUGUGCUUGUGUCCCACCUGCAGCCAUAUGACCCAGCUGCCGCUUAAAUCCGAGACAAAAUCAAAGGAAAACGACAAACCAACAUAAACAGGUGGCGUCGUGUUGGACAGAAAAUGACACUCUACUGGAGUCUGCUGCUGGUGUUAUCCAUCCUGGCUCUGUCACAAGGUUCUGAUCCUGCUGCUCCACAUGGCAAGAGGAGAAAGGCACACACCUCAGCAGGUAGCAGUAAUGCCUUACAGUAUCCUGUUCAACUACUGCAGAGCCAAAGUUAUAGCAGGGAUCGUGGGCACGGCGGCCAGAGGACCCGCUCUGCUAAAGGCGGAGCUGGACUCCUCUCUCACAGGGCCCUGCAUCCUCUAGCCAGACCCGAUGAUGAGGAGACAGGCCUGGAGAGUCUGAACCCAGUGAGAGUUGAAAUGGGGCCAAGUAGGGACAGGGCUCAACUGAGUGUGAAGAGUUCAUCCCAGAACCAGGAAAACAAGAAUCAGGAAAACCAACUUGUAGGAACACGCAAGGGGAGAGGGCAUGGGAACGGGCACAGGCACAUUUUUGAGAACAAGAAACAAGGAAGUCGACAGGACAAGGUGCGACACAAAAAAGGGUUUCCCUCAGGGUCCGACACCAGCUCUGCGUUCAAGGACAGAAACCAAUUUGAGGAUCCUCCACCUUCGUCAGCCUCAACAUCCACCUCCCCCUCCCUUGACGUGACCCCACCCAGUGAACCCCCCUCCCCCAUUGUCAGCCUCAUUGACUCUGACUCCGCCAUGGUUACCACAGUGAUGAACGAGCAUCCCCCAACGCUUCGCCCGGGCUCUGCCAAACCCCAGAGGUCUGCACAUGGACAAGGAGAGGUGAUGCCAACGUUAGACAUGGCGCUCUUUGACUGGACGGAUUAUGAAGAUAUGAAGCCUGUGGAUGCCUGGCCGUCUUCCAGGAGGAAAGACAAGAGGCGGAGUAAAAAUCUCAGCAGUGGAAAUAUGACUGCAGAUGCAGAUGCAAUUGAGCCAUGUGAUCACCAUCUGGACUGUCUCUCAGGUUCAUGUUGUGACCUGAGACAACAUGAGUGCAAACCUCACAACAGAGGCCUGAACAACAAAUGCUAUGAUGACUGCAUGUGUGAGGAAGGAUUUCGUUGUUAUGCAAAAUUUCAUCGGAAGCGACGUGUGACCAGGAGGAGGGGCCGCUGCGUUGUGCCAGAGUCAGUCAGCAGUGACCAAGGAGGCUUCAUCACCAUAUGAAGAAGAGGGAAGGAAAAGAUGGGGGAUGAGCAUGAAGAAUAAACAUGUGACUACUUUGACAAAUACAACAGGACAGCCAUGACACUUGUAAAGGAAAAAGUGCUUAAAGGUGAUCUCUUGUUGUGUUUAAUUUUUUUAUUCAAAUCAACUUGAAAAUGUUAGCUGACUGGACACAAACAUCUGGUUAUUUGUUUUGAAGUAGCAGGAAACUAAACUGAAAAAUCCUUUGUUAAUAUUUGAUUAUGGGUUAAUCUGUGCACCAUGUCCCAGCAAGUCAACAUCUUUAAGCACCUUGUUUUAAUAUAAAAAAUACUAAAAUAAAUGUUUCUACAACAACACUUUACAAAAUGUACCCCGUCCACUGGUUCUUUGAAAAUUUGUUGUGGUUUGAAUCUGAUUUAUUUUAAAAGAUUCCCUCUUCUUCACCAAGUUGAAUUCGUAUUUGUCAGUCAUUAGGUGUUGAUUACCUUUGGUGUUGUCUUUGUCAUGCAAAAUUUGAGUAUUUUUAAUUUUAGCUUCCUUCAAGAAAAAUCCUUUAAUGAAUCUGGUUGUUUCCAAAUGACUUAUCUCUUAAAACACCUUUAUUGUACUGGUUUAAUUUCUUUGGAGUUCAACAUCAGCAAACUGUAAUACUUUAAACCCAGUAAGCAAUCACUCACAGAAAUGUUUAAAGGAAAACUGGGAUGUUUUUGAUCUUUUACCUCUUAGUCACUAUGUUAAGCAGGUUCACCAAUUUAUCUAUAAAAACUAUUUUAAUUGAUCUGAUGUAUGAAUGUAGAACUUCUAAAUGUCAAGGAGAUUUUUAAAAUGAUGCCACAACUCAAAGGUUCCUAACCUUUACUGAUACUUUAGUAAACACUGAUACCUAUUUACUUUUCAAUUUAAUGUUGUACAUGUCCUAAUAUUUGUUUUGUAUUUAUUCUGUAUUUGGAUAUGUUUGUCAUAUGUCUAUCAUUUGUGUUUUUCUCUUUUCAUGAUUAAACACUUACUGAGAAACUA